AUGCCACACGAAUGGGAUUCGCCCGAAUAUGUUCACCAAUGGGUAGAAGAUGGCGACAAAUCAGACCCGCAACGGGCGGAACAGAUUACCGCGCUCGUGGGUUUGAUUCGACGCAGCCCUGAAGAACCUAUUGAGGUAUUAGAUCUCGGUGCGGGAUACGGAAUUGUAACACGCGAGAUUCUGACUGCUUAUCCGAAUGCACAGGUGGUGUGCCUCGAUGGUUCAGCAGAGAUGCUAAAGCAUGGGAAAGCGCGGCUAGCAGAUUGGAGAGAUCAACUCUCUUUUGUUGUAUCGAACUUUGAUUCUCCGAAUUGGUUGGCAACCCUGCCAGACAAUCGACAGUUCGAUGCGGUGCUUUCGUCGCGAGCCAUUCACCACACUGUUGAUGAUCGUAAACAAGCGCUAUACGAAGAAAUCUUUCAGCUGCUAAAACCGGGCGGUUGCUUUGCCAACCACGAUUUCGUUCGCAAGCCCGAUGAGUCCGUGCGCGACAUUGACAAUCCAUUUGGAACGGUUGAAGAUCAGGUUGCUUGGCUUGAAAACAUUGGGUUUGUUGAUGUGGAAUGUUUUUGGCAGACGGAGGGUCGUGCCUUGUUUGGGGGAUACAAGUCAGGUCCCACGUAA